AUGCAGUUCUCCACCGCCCUUGCAUUCCUCGCUGCGAGCAGCGUCGUCUCCGGCCUCACCGUCACCAAGCGUGACGCCGCCACCGUCGGCGCCGACAUCGACACCAUCGCCAGCGAUGUCUCCAAGGUCCAAAAGGACGUCGACUCCUUCAACGGCGACGCCUUCGGCGCGCUGACCAUCUACCUCGACUCGAUGACGCUCGACGAGGCCAUCAAGAAGGGCGCCAACGACUCCGCCAACUCCGCCCCCUUCACCGAGGACGAGUCCAGCACCAUCGCCGGCAAGGUCCUCGACCUCCAGCCCAAGGUCGACAAAGUGCUCGACAGCCUGAUCGCCAAGAAGGACAAGUUCCAGACUGCCAUCUUCGGAUUCCCGGCCACGCCCAUUGUCAAGAUGACUCUCCAGACCCUGAGGACUGACACUGCCGACUUUGGCUCCAAGGCCUCUGCCAAGCUCACCCCCGACUUCCAGGAGGUUGCCCCGAUUGUGCUGCAGGAGAUUGACGACAAGUUCGCUCAGGCUAUUGCUGCUUUCUCUUAG